AUGGUGCUCCCGAUUUCUGUGGGCGACCUCCUCCAGCCUGCCGCACGGGAGACCGGUCGCGGCGCCGUUGCUGGCAUCGUGGCCAGCUGGACCGUGACCAGCGGCGGCGCGGACCUCCACCCGCUUCUGAGGCGGUCCCCCCUGGAGGAACCUAGAUAUCCUGGGCACCUGGACCUCGGCGUCUCGACUGUGGCUGUGGGGUCCUCCUGGAUGUGUCCUGGCUCUUUCAUGGUUUUCCUCAGGGGGGGCGAUGAGUCUUUCCUGUUCCUCCCGCCGCCCUGCCCGCCGCUGCUCGGUGCUAGCCUGCCCGCGGGCGGUGUGCCCGCCGUGCCCAUCCCGGAGCUGCCCGGUCGGGCCUCCGUGGGCGCGGCUGCUCAAUUGCCACGCUUCGACGAGCGAAUCACCGAGUCGCCCGACGGCGACAGAAUGCAGGAGUACCUGACGGGCGCGGACAUCUCGGAGUCUGAGGAGCGCGAAAAGGAAGGAGACCCUCGUGGAAGGGAGCGGACGAUGCACGAGAGGUUCUACGCAAUAUUGACUUGUCGAGAGCCCGCGCACGAUGUCGUGGAUGGCCAAGGACAUCAAGCGUACUGGCGGCUGGACCUCGCGUCGCUGCCGGCGUUCGAAGUGUUGGCGAGGAAGAUGCAGCUCCUGCUGGACGCGGCGAGCCGCGGGCCAGGCGAGGGGUGCUUCGAAGACGAGGAGCUGCGGCCGGGGCAUCAGCGGAGGACGGAUGGCAUCGCCCCGGCCUUGACCGCCCACGUGGCGACCCGCGCGAAGGAGAAGGCAAAUCUCGAUCAGCAGCGCCAGAAGGCCCAGGACGUCCGCGCAGCCGCCUCACCACAGGCAGCGGCGGGCUCGAAGGGGGCUGGAGGCGCUGGUACCGUCGCGACCGUCGGGGGGCUGGACGUCCUCUUUCUUCUCGUGCGCAACGCAGCCGGGGCCAUGCCCUUUGCCGACGCCGUUGGAGCAGGGGCCCUGCUGUGCCACCGCGCCAACGACGCCAUCGAGGCCUUGAACUGGCUGAGCGGGCGCGGCGGGAUCGCCGAUGUCGGGGAGAUCGGUUCUAAGGGGCAGGCCGAGGCCGCCCGGCAUGUCAGGGGCGCGAUGUCAGAUUCUCAGGCCGUUGACGUCUUUUUCCGCCCGCGCGAAGCCGAGCGAGCGCUUCUGCGUUCCCGAGCUGGCCGCGACUCAGAUGAGCGCGCUGCGAGCUACCAGGACGAGCUGUUGUCGGCCCCAGCCUCGCGCAUGGACUGCCCGCGUGCGGCGGGCGCGGUGCAGCGCGAGGUUGCGCCUUUGCUGGUGGAUUUUGAUGAGCGCGCGCUUAGGCCUGUAAUCGAGUGCUGGGUGCUGAUGGACAACUCUGAGCCGAUCGCGCCCUUCGUGGACGGAGACUUGCCGGCGGUGGGGGCAAUCGCCGAUUUCGAGACCCCCGGGGCGAAGCUGACCACGGCCGAGCCCUGGGGGCCGAUCGAGGUCGACGACAACUCGGAAGCGUUCGUCAGCACCGGGGGCGCGCGGGGCGCGAUCUACCGCUUCCAGAUCGACGCGAAGCUCAGCAGGGGGGCCAAUGGCCCAGACGUGCGCUGGGAGAAGGGCCCCGAGUUCCCCGACCUCAGUCCCGACUGGGUCCACGAGUUUGGGCUCUCGCUCAUCGCCCCGGGGGAAGUCGAACGCGCCCUGAUCGAAAUAUUCGACGAGAAGUUCUGCGGCGGGAUGGGCGGGGUCCCCAGACGCUCCCCGCUGGCCGCCACCACGGGUGUCCGCCUGGAGUUUGGAAGGGCGGCCGCGCUGAGGAAGGUCGGCAUCUACGACGACACCGCGGCUCGGGCGAAGUGCAGCUACGCCGCCUACCUCGAGCAGUUUAACGCGGCGGCGAAGCAACUGGGCCUCCCCGAACUGGUCCCACGCCAGCUGCGGUGGCGCGAGGCAUCGCGGGAUCGUCCACAGCUGCGGGGCUCCGUCGACGAAAUCCUGACAAGGGGCCGCUGGGGCAGUCACAAGGGCGUCGCAGGCCGCGAGAGGGGCGGCCGGGCGGAGGCCCAGCGGCACAGGCUGCCAAAGAGCUUCCGGCAGUUCGCCAUCUUGUGCAAGACCAAUAUGCAGCGUUUAUUCCUCAAUGGGCACUUCGGCCUCGAUCUUACGAACCUGUACGUUGCCAGCGUCACGGUCCAGGGGCAGGCGCAGGCAGACGGCCUGCUUUCCUGCCUGCAGGAAGGGAAGAUGGUCGCGGUGAAGCGCAUGCCGAACAAGUGGGUGCGCGACACGCCCAAGGAGUUCAAUGACACAUACGCGACAGCCUCUGAGAAGCCCUGGGUCGACAUGGCGAUCGUGAAGAUGCUGAACAGGAGGGGGUUCCCGUUCGUGUGCGAGCACUUCGGCGUGUUCCGCGACAGCGAACUCACGUACGUCAUCACCGCGUUGGCGACGGAGGGCGACCUCUUCUCUUGGUGCGAUAGGCCUCCGGUGCCGGGGCCGAAGCGGGAGCAGAUGCUUCUGCCCAUCGUGGUCCAGCUCUUCUCGGCAGACCGAGACAGCUCGACUCGAUGGAAGGACUGGUGUGAUAUUGCAUGUGCAGGAGGUGCUGGGCGUUUCCAUCGCGUCACCAAGCUCAACAGUGUGCAGGCGCCAACGGUAGUGUGCAAGACCACCAUAGACGGCAUGAGCGGACACCCUCACCAGAUAGUGUUGGACAUGGAAGCCAAGCACCACAAACUCUGGAAGGCGACUGAGGAGGCACCGCACGCUUGGGUUCCUGAUCGCAGCACCAUGGAUAGACCAAGUCCAGGCAUGAUCAGAGCAGCCUCGAAGGCGUUCACCACGAAGACCUCGAGCAGCCUUGCCGGCAUCCACCCGUCACACUUUCAGCACUUGAGCGACGAGGCCUUGGAGUGCCUCUGUGAUAUCUUCCAGGCGGUUGAGGCGAUCGGAGUUUUUCCCAUUCAACUUACGUGGAUGGUGAUGCCAAUGUUGCCCAAAGCAGUUGGAGGACACAGGUUGAUUAUUCUGUACUCGGCGGCCUACAGAGUAUGGCAGAAGAUGAGACGGCCUGGCCUCGACAUGAUCCAGCAGAGAUUGGACCUCCCCUACUGGGGAGCGGCAGCGGGGAGAAGCGCAGUGGACAGUGCUUGGACCCUUGCAGCGGACAACGAGCAGAACGUAUGUCAAGACAGGUUCGUGGUCACGGUAGUUGCAGACUACAGCAAGUACUACGAGACGAUUGGGUUGGACCAGGCGCGUGAUAAAUUGAUGCGCCUUGGUAUGCCAGUUCCGAUGGUCAAGGUGGUCUACAAUCAAUGGAAGGGGCCAAGGAUCAUACGGCUGCGACUCCACCACGGGGGAGCCCCAAGGCAUGCGGAUGCUGGGCUGCCAGCUGGAGAUGCGUAUGCAGACGUGGUGAUAAAGGCUCACGCCGUCGAACAGUACGACCUGUACACGUCCUUGCAUCCUCUGGUGCGCUUCGCCUCCUACAUCGACGACACAGCCCUCGGCGUCAACAGUAGUGGCAAGCAGAUGGUGAUCGAUCAGGCGGUGCACGCUACAAAAGGUUUCUUCAAGGUUGCACGAGCACUAGGGGCCAGCAUCAACGAUAAGCUCGCCAUCGUUUCUAGCACCAAAGCCAUAAGUGAUGAAGUCAGUCGUCGGCUACACCUUGAUAUGAAGAUCAGUUUGAAGAGUACGGCGUAUUUGGGCACUGACGUUUCUGGAGGCAGGGCUCGGAAUGCCAACGGUACGCGUGGUAAGUUUCGGGCAAGACAGAAGGUGUAUGGUGGAAGGCUUAGGAAGCUAAGUAAGUUCAAGAAGGCGCUCGCUGCUGACAAGACGGAGAGAAUUGGGAAGAUCUACCGUGUUGGUGCGAGGCCUGCGUAUACCUUCGGGGUCGAGGUCAACGGGGUCAACGACGCGGAACUCCUGAAUUUAAGGCGAGACUACAACAAGCACGUCAAGCCCAACCACGGCGGCACCUCCGCGAGCGCGAAGCUGGUGCUGCCCGGCGACCCUGCUGCCACGCAAGCGCUGGCGCCUGCCCUCCAAUGGUCAAGGGUGGAGAAAGGUUACCUCACGGACGGCAAGUGCGAGCGUGGGGGUGCGGACGCGCUGGUGCAUAGGCUGGCGGAGUGUACUCGCCCAGAAGUCGUGGAAGCACGUCGAGAAGCUGGAAUCCCCGAGUCUUUCCUUCAGGAGCUCCGCCAAGCACCAGACGAUCGAGUCAUCACCCAAGGGGCUUCUGCGUAUCCUGAGUGGGAAACUCCUGACAUGCAGCUCGGCACUGGCAGCGUGAUGCUUGAUGGUGAUGGCAACGGCUUCGCUUGCACGCCCGAGACCAUGGCUGCGACAGUGCUUGCUGAGACGGAUCUGGAGAUGGAGCUUUCGUUCGACGGGAGCUGCACGAAGCCAGACAUUCUGGAGCUCCAGCGUGCUGGAUGGGCUAUCGCUUUAAUGGAUCCUCAUUCGGACAAGGUACUAUGCACGAUGCACGCCCCAGUGCCAGCGUCGCUUCCGCAGUCGCCGGCGAUGGCGGAGUACCUAGCCUACGCGUACACAGGACAGGCGGCAGAUCGCCCUGCUGAUGGCUAUGCGGACUUCAUGGGUACGGUCAGGAUGGCGGCUCUUACGCACGAGCAGCAGUUACGUUCGAAGUCGGAAUAUGCGUGCGUGGCCACGUUCGCCCAGAGCCUUCCUGGGUUCCGCUUCCUCCGCAGCGUGACGCACGUGAAGGCACACCGUUCUGGAGCGGAGUGUGCUGGCCUGGAUAUGGCUACAAGAAGGCUUACAUAUGCCAAUGUCUAUGCGGACGAGAGAGCCAAAGCUGGCGCGGCGACGCACGCAGCUAUCAGCGAGGAUUUCGCGAAGGCCAUCGACGCGGCCACCGUGCGGAUCAAGAACUUCGCGAAGCUG